UAAGUGAUUAAAAGAGUUAAAUGUUUGAGCAGCUCUCUCCCCAGACUGGAUGUAGCGGUCCCUCAUAUCGGGGCUCUCCGUUUACAUUAUUCAUACGGGGGAGGGUGUGACUUGUUGGCUCUUUUUUCCGCCUAUAUAAAACGAGAAGUUCGCGUAAAAGAAAAUACAGAUGGAGAAGGCUCGCCGGCUCGCUGUGUCACAGAGAGUCCCCUUAAGCCUACGUGACAACUCACAUACUGUCACUUUGUGACCAGCUUAAUCGGCAGAAUGCCCGGUCUCUGUGUGCUUUGUCUCGCCGCCGCGCUGGCUGCGUUCGCCCGGCUCGUCGGCACCGUGGGGCCGGUGGUCCGCUGCGAGCCGUGCGACGCCGGGGCGCUCCUGCAGUGCAAGCCCCUGCCGAAGGACUGCGCGGAGCGGGUGAGGGAGCCCGGCUGCGGCUGCUGCAUGACUUGCGCCCUCGGCGAGGGACAGGCGUGUGGAGUGUACACGGCGCGCUGCGGCUCCGGCUUGACCUGCCGGCACCAGCCGGGGGAGAGCCGACCCUUGCAGGCUCUGCUGGAGGGACGGGGAGUGUGCUCCAGUGCCGCGUCCAAAAGACUCAACACCAUUCUCAUACCGGCGCAAAAGAAAGAGAAUGGUGGAAAUCAGGUAGAGGAGGGUUGUGCCAACGUGACCCAGGCGAUGACGGUGUUGCCCGGCGUGGCAACUGUGAAGGGCGGACACAGUCGGGCAUCGAUGGACACCAGGUCCCCGCUGCACAACAAACUGAUCCAGAAAGAUCAGAACAGGAAGACGCAGAGCUACAAGGUGGAAUCUGUGUCAGGAGGAGCCAACAUGGACAUGCACAACUUCUCCCUGGAGAGCAAGAGGGAGACCGAGUAUGGGCCCUGUCGGCGGGAGAUGGAGAGCAUCCUGAACAGUCUUAAAAUCAGCAACGUGCUCAACCCGAGAGGCUUCCGCAUACCCAACUGUGACAGAAAGGGCUUCUACAAGAAAAAACAGUGCCGUCCGUCCAAAGGCAGGAGGCGGGGAUACUGCUGGUGCGUGGACAAAUACGGGCAGCCUCUGCCCGGCCUGGAUGGCAGGGAGCGGGCCCUCUGCUGUUCCCGUCCACAUCCAUGCCCCUGGUCCUGUCUGUCCAAGCACACUAUCGGUCUAACCUGCUCUCCCGUGUCCUCGCCCCGUCCUUGUCCCUCGUCCGUCACACAGCUCCGGUGCUGAGGUCCCGCUAAUCCUAGAUGUCUUCACCCCCCCCCGUCAGAAACUUUGUCCUUGUCUGCGUCUCUGUGCCUAAUCCUGUCCUUGCCCCCAACUCACUAACCUGAGCUGUUUUUUUUCCCCCCACUCCAGCGCCCUGCUCACCUCUGGUCCUCUUCCUGUCAGUAGCGCAACCUGGUGUAGACUUGUUUAAACGCGGUGAGCCCGGUGUGACCGUCUCACCCUGCCGCAGGUGCCAGCUGCCCUUAUGCUUCAAGCACAAGCACUUAAAGCACUUUAGCUGCGCCGCUACUCGUCAAUGCAUGCAGUUAAAGACAAUUGGACCUAUCUGCAUCUGCAUACCUUUCCCUAGAGGUAAUGUCAGAUGAAAUGGUGUGAUACUGUAAGCAAACAAUAAUAACCUGAGAGGAAAAAAAGAAAGAAAGGAAAAAAAAAAAAA